GACAAUACUGGAAACCUGCAGCUCUGCAUAAGAAUGGCUCAGAUCCAAGUAACUGUGUUGGGCAAUACCUUAAAUAGGCAGCAGCAUUGUUCAGAUUCACCAGAAGAAACCAAAUCUAUAAGCGUUGAAUGACGCACCACACGACACCACCCAUCCCACCCUCAGCAUAUAAAAUGCACUGCGGGAAGCGCGUACUGUACAACUCACUGCACCGAGAGCACAGAACCAGCCGUUCUGGAUGAUACCAGCAAGGAGCAUGGAGGUGAACACAACUGAUAAAGCCCUUCUUUCAGUUGAUGGCACCGCGACGCUCUCCAGUUGCAGCUAUCAUUCCGAAGCCACCGCAACAGUUGAAAAGCAUUUGCAGUGCGCAUCGCACUGGAGACAUCCUGGGGUGGUGCGCUCCUCCAGCACUGGAAAGCGAACCUCGUCCUCUGAACGCAAACCACGGAGAUAUCUGGACCCCUUCUCCGCUUCUCAGCUCCAUAAAACAAAGCAUAUGAGAUAUGAGAGUAAAAACGACGAUCUGGUCAGCGUGAAACCCAGUCAUUACAGGCGCAUCGUUGUGCUCGGCGCGCCCCGAGUGGGAAAAACGGCGCUUAUACGCCGUUUCCUCGGCGAUGAUGGAUUCGAGGAACAUUAUAAGCCUACGACUGAAGACUUUCACAGCAAACUGUUCCACAUCCGAGGAGAGAGAUACCAGCUAGAUAUCCUGGACGCGUCCAAAGAGAGAGACUUCCCUGCCAAGCGAAGACUGACUAUUCUGACCGGUGACAUAUUCCUGCUGGUGUUCAGCGUGACUGACCGAGAGUCUUUCACUGAGGUCUGCUCUUUACGCGAGGAGAUUGUCACGGCCAAAUCCAAGCUGACCAAGUCCAAAGAAAACAGACAGCUUCCACUUAUAAUCUGUGGCAAUAAAACUGACUUAAACUCCUCGAGAGCUGUGCGACACUCAGAUAUCUGCCGGUUUCUCGGGGAGGACAGUGUCUCUUUUGAGGUGUCUGCUAAAGACUCCACCAACCUCGAGGAGAUGUUCGAAGCCCUGGCGGUGCUGGGAGGGCUCCCCACAGAAACCAGACCCUCUCUCCAUCGAGACAUCUCCAUUCACACGUAUCAAGCGCUGAGCAGCAGAAAGAGAAACAAAAGAGCCGUGAAUGAGCCGUGUGGGGCGGUGCAACCGCUCGCGCGUAGACCGAGUUUCAGUAGCGAUCUGCGGCGCGUGAUGGGGCCGAGCACCCCUAAAAGAUGUACACCUAUUGAGAGGUGCCAAAUACAGUAA